CGAGACCGCGCGCAACUACACUACACACUACCGACAGCACACGGCACACCACGCCAAACCAACCACUCCUUCGUGGACUGCUUUUAAAUAUUAUCAUCAUACUUAUAUAUAUACCGCUGCACAAACGCAGCAUAUAUAUAUUCGUCGUGUGUGCAUGUACGUACGCGCGCCCCGUCGUCGUUCUUCGUAUAUGUACCUCGUACGCUUAUGCCUGAAGCUUCGAGGAUUGUGUUUUGACAGUGGCAGUGUUUAGCUGCUGCUGAUUUUUUAAAGCUCUCUCAGUCUGCUGCUACCACGAUCAUGUGCAUCGUGAGAUUCGACAGGCGCGCGAUCGUCGACACGUCCAUCUGUGAUUCGUUUUACGUGUGGAAAAGUGCAUAGAUAGAGCAAAAAAAUUUUUGCCAUAAAAUAAAAAUAAUACAAUCGUGUGCCUGUGUGCCAAAUAGUGCGUGCGUUAUCCGAAAAAAGGUGAUUGUUUUUCGUCCCAACAAAAAAAAAAAAAACGAAUAUAGACCGUGUGUGCCAUGGGGGAGCUUGCGUAACUUGCAUCGCGCGAGCCAUACCACCGACCUGUCAACAUUUUCGACUCCCCGAUCGCCCAGAGAUGUGCAGAUGAGAGAGGAGAGGAAAAUAACGAAGAGCGAAGGAAAAGAGAAACAGACGCAACGGAACGUGCACAAAUACUUUCGAUAGAGUUGCAUAUACACAGUUAUAUAUAAGUGCAGCGAGCGCGCGCGAGUUUAUAAUAAAGUAUAAGUAAGCGCCUGGCACUUUUACUCUUUCGCUCGCGCGCUUAUAGUCUCUGCUUGGUGUGUGUUGCUGUGCGCGCGAGUUUCGUAAAAGGUGGAUUACGAAAACUCUCCGCAAGAGUGUAUAUACACAAGUGUAGUACGUGAGUGUGUGUGUCUGUGUCUGUGUGCGCCCCGCGUGUUUGUGUCUGCUGCUGCUAUACGUUCUGUGUUUCUGCUGUGUGCAAGUGGCAGCAAGCGCAUAUAUACAUGCGGCAAGCAGCACACUAACACAGAUAUACAUAUAUAUGUAUAACAUCGGCGGAAAAAGUAGAUAUACACCGCCGCGCUGCCGGAGCCAACACACAACGCGAGAGAGAAAGAGAGAGAAGUGUGUAUAAGCAACAAGGCGCAAAAGAAGGCCCAGCGCAAAGCGAAAGGAUAAAGAGAAAGGAAUAGGCCUCUUUCUGCCGUUCCGUGGUGUUUCUUUCACGUCGAGUCCUUGAGCCGACUAUAUAUACACAUUUCUGUGGGGGCUUGUUUCUCUGCCUCUUUCUACGCUAUCUUUUUCUCUCUCUCUCUCUUUCUCUUUCUCUCUGUCUCUUUCGCAUAUUCAAGAGAGCAAGUUUGAUACGUACAGUAGUUGCGCGGUAUACACCACCCCACUCUCCUCCGGUCUCCAGUGCUUGCAAUACACAUUUCCAACGCGAUAGGCAGCAUGUGUGAAAAUUGACGGCUUCGAGCGAGGCUGGAAAAAGUGAGAAACAAACGAAAUCAUGAGGACCAGCUGACACACGCACAACUUACUUUGGGAGGAUUUUUCGUGUACCAGCUUGACACAGUGCCAAAUUGAUUUUUUUCAGUGUGAUUGUUCGACGCCCAUUGUUUUUCUUUUCUAUAUAUUUAUCGAAUAUAUAUUGAGAUAUUGUAACAUCGAUGUGCGCGAGUGAGACAAAUGUGCGGAAUACAGGGCCCUGAUUCGCAUAAACGAGUGUUCAAAGGACGGCGCGGUUGUUCUUUCGAAGUGCCUGGCCCCAACGACAAGACUUGGCCAAGAUAAAAGGAAAAUAAGAGCGACGCGCAGGAGAGAGAGAAAGAAAAAUAACAAAGUGAUCUUUUUUUUUUGGUUCGAAAGAAAGAAGUAAAAAAAAAAUUCUGAAACAAAAGCUCGGCUUUUCCACGAGGAAAAGUGCGUGACGAUUAUAUUUUGUGACGUGCGCAAAUACAUAAAUACACAAAGUGAGAGCGCCUGCGGAGCGAGCGUGCGAGCACGUGGUUAACACACACAGCACAUCGGCAGCAGCAGCAACAGCAACUGACAGGCUUAAGCAGACCGAUAGAGAUAAUCUCGUUGAAAAUAUCAAGACCACGAAGCACGUAGAAGCUCGAAUUUUAUAAUGAUAGAAUUCUCUGUAUCAUCCUUUAAGCCAAGUGGUUAUACGAAAAUUAAAAUGGCGAACUUCGGCGGCGAACUGACACUGACGUACAGCAAGCAUCCGGCGACGCUGGCCGAGGAGGUCGGCUCCUGGUUCACGGGCGAUCGACACGUCGACGUGACGCUGUCGUGCGACGACGGCCCGCCCCUGCGAGCCCACAGGGUCGUCCUGGCUGCGGCCAGUCCGCUGCUGGCCAAUGUCCUGCUCGAUCCGUCGAUCGAUCACGUCGUGCAUUUGGCCGGGGUGCGUCACAUCGAGCUGCGCUACAUGCUCGAGUUUUUAUACAACGGGGAGACGAUCAUACCCGCACACGAAUUACAUCCGCUAAAGGAACUUCUGGAAAUGUUACAAAUACGAUCGGAACAAUUCAAUACCGGUCUAGUGGACCAAUGUGAGUCGUCCAAGUCCGAAAAAGAGAGGGCGUCGCCGUCGGCGGAGAGCCGCGACGCCUCGAGUUACGAGUCACAAUACGACGAGAGGCACACGAGCGAUCCAGCCGAGUGCUGCUCAGUGGUGAUAAAGGCCGAGGACACGAACGAGGACGACAGCAACGAGGCCGACGACGACAUCGACGUGAACGUCGUCGACGUCGAGAACAACGACGCCAACGGCGAGGCCGACACGCGGUCGCGCUGCUCCGAGAACGCGUGUCAUGGCGGCGGCGGUGGCGGCAGCGAACGCGGCGGCAGCUGCGAGCCAAGAUCUCAGCGCAGGGACAGCUCGGAUCCCGUCAAUCUGAGCCUGAAUUCGGGCACGUCGAACGACAGCGGCCACCACGAGGUCAAGCACAAGGUCGAGUGCCACUACGACGACAACAAGAGGGACGUCGUCGUCGACUCGUCCAUCCGAGAGAGAGAACGAGCUCUCGCUGAGAAAUAUAGGAUAUCCUUCAAACAAGAAUUGGAACGACGCGAAUCUUACGAGCUCGAGGAGGAGCGCAGACGAGAAAUGGCCCUGAGGAUGGGACUGAGCAUAGAGCCGGGAAAACGAAAAACGGAGGACCUGGCUUCUGGACCCGAAAAAUACGUCGUCAAACCGCACAGAAAGCGACGUCCCGGUUUUUACAACGCACCGACGGGUAACACGGCCUUCGCCCCCUUCAAUCCGAGCUUCGAGGCAUCGCGACAACUGACGGCGCCGCAGCACUCGCACCCACCGAUCACGCCCACGCCGCCGUUCCUCGUAAGCUUCCAAAAACAUUUCUUUCCUUACGGUUAUGUGUACCCAAACGAAUUGCAGGUUCAAGAUCGUCACUCGUCGGAGUCGCCGGUUUCGUCGUGUCGUCGAGCCCCCUCGGAGGAGCCGAGCUCGGUCGAGCCAAUGGUGACGCCACCCUGGGCCGGCUGGGCAGUGCCCUCGGCCGCUCGCAUACCCUCGGUCGUUCAAGUUCCGACGCCCGAGGACUCGCCCCGGUCGACGCCGACGGUGCGCGAGUAUCGCUGCAGCUACUGCGGCAAACAGUUCGGCAUGUCGUGGAAUCUCAAGACCCACCUGCGCGUCCACACGGGCGAGAAGCCGUUCGCCUGUCGACUCUGCGUCGCCAUGUUCAAGCAGAAAGCUCAUCUACUUAAGCAUCUCUGUUCGGUGCAUCGGGGCAUCAUCACGCAGGACAACAUGUUCAACUGCUGCUUCUGCACGGCCUCGUUCGAGAGCCAGUCCGAGCUCAUCAGGCAUCUGUCGGGGCCGCACAAUACCCUGCUGCUGAGUAAAAAUCUGUCGGAGGCCUGACUAGGACAACCUCCGAUGGAGGCCGAGGCGACAACGACGACGUCGACUUCGAGCAGCUCCAAGAGGAGGAGAAAAAAGAAGCACCACACAGCACCACCGUCCAACUGCGACAAUCCAAGUGAUAUACCAUAAUUGUGACCAAGACAAUAGUAAUUAUUGUUAGUCUUUACGCUGAGCGCAAAAGACACACUAAUACUUGUACGGAAUCUAAUUUUACUUUAUUUUUUUCAAUUAAAAACCACACGCGCGAGCGUAAUAGAAAUUAAUUGUAAUAUUGUACCGACAGUAAUUUAAUAACAAAAACUAGAUUGCGGCGACGCACACGUUUCUAACCAAUCACGAUAUAACGUAAUAAGCUUUAUUCUUACUUUAUAAACUAACGAUCUUAGCUUUAUUAUUACUUCUGUAAGAAGAGAAAUUAUUCAUUUUUUUAUUUUUAUCUUGAAAAUUCUUUUGUACAUAGUGUUCGAUAGACAAAAAAAUGAGCAAAAUUGUGAA